GGUCAGAAAGUUCAGAUCGAGCGGCGAGGCUUGUCUGGCUAUUCCGAUUGACCGUCUUCAUCACUCCUUCCCAACAUUCCAGUUGCAGUAUUGCACGAGGCAACUAGGCGUACGUGUUAGUCCAACUCUAUACUGUAUGCCUCCGAAGAGGGAACGGGAUGAAGCUUUGUCCGAACUCUCUUCACGAAUUUUCUCCUCUAUGUUAGAUGAGAUCAUACUGGAUGUGGUCUUGCAAUCCCACCAGGAGAUAGCACGCGCCAAGGCAGUGUGCCCAAAAUGCCACACCCGAUGUGGAUCAGGUAUGUCUCAAAUAUAUGUGCACUAUAACUUUCUAAGUUUCUUCCAUGUAGUGCAUAAUAGUGGCCCCACGAAUGUGACCCAGCCAACCGUUCAGGGACCCUCCUCAUCCCGUCCCUCACCUAGAGACGGCGAAACCGCAGAGAACAGUGGUUCUUAUGAUACCGGAAGGAGUACUCCAAUAAACGGAAAGUUAGAUGGCACAAUAUACUUCGAAUGCGAGGUGUGCAAACGCCAGAUUGCUUCGAACCGAUAUGCACCACACUUGAGUGCCUGUCUUGGUAUGGGCAACCGGAGAGGAGCAGCUCGCAGUGCCACUACUAAGAAUAAACUUGCCGCCGACGUUGGUCGCUCCGCGUCACCCUAUAUUGCUUCUGAAAAUGGUUAUGUUUCCGAUGAAGCUAAAAAUGGAGUGAAAGGGAAAGGAAAGUCGAAGGCCAAACGUACAGAUGAGGCCGAAUUCAAUCUGGGAAAGAAACGCACUGGAUCUCCAUCGGUUUCGCCAGCGAAGAAAUCGAAGAAAACAAAGGCUAAUGCUUCUCCUUCAAGUCGUGUAAGGACAGAACCUGGGACACCGAGCAACCCUGCACCUCUCAACUAUGCUACAUCCUUAUCCAAGGUUCCCUCCAGACUACGGGAAAGUUCAGUCAUGUCCUCCACACUACACGAGCGGCGUUCUUCAUCGCCCGAAUCACGUUUUUCGUCCCCCGAACGGUCUGCCGCUACCCCAACCUCUACUCUAUCCUCCCAGAGUCCUCUCUUAUCUUCCCUUUCCGGCGGAGUUCUGGCUACAAAAGGAAGACCGCAAAAGAAUGGCAAACCGAAGACAAACGGUACAUUAUUGCCCAAACGACCUAGCCCUCCUCGCCCUCCACCCCCACCACCUGUUGUCCGAAUGCCUGAACCGGAUUAUCUCGUCGAUGUCGAAGGAGAUGAAACUGGCUCUUCAACGGAUACUGACAGCUCAUGACUUCCGAUAGUCCCCCUGUUAGGGUUGGAAUGAUUUUCUCUUGACUUUGUUCUUGCUGUGCUUUUCUUGAUAUACCUGCUUUCGUUGCUAUUAUUUGUAUAUUUGUACAUUGUAUCCCGGAUAUUUUAUAUGUAUGAGUCCCAUAAAUGAUAUUAUCCUACAUCAUGACUGGAAAAGACUAUGAGCGGGAGAGCUUCUUAGCCUUUUCCCAAG